AUGGAUUCUCACAUGCUAGAUGCUACUAUGCUGCUGCCUGCGGGUGAAGAGAAAAGAAGAGGAAGACAGGGGCUCUGCUGGGUCUCGCCUUUCGGGAUGGAGAGAAGGGAAGAGGAGGCGGCGGCGGGGAGAGCUACUAGGGCCGGCGGGGAGAGCUGCUCGGGCCGGCGGGGAGGGCUGCUGGCGGCUGCUCAGAGGAAGACGAGAGGGAGGGAGGCUGCUCGAGGCCGCGGCGGGGAGCGCUGCUGGGGCCGGCGGGGAGCGCUGCUAGGGCCGGCGGGGAGGGCUGCUGGCGGCUGCUUAGAGGAAGACGAGAGUCGAGAGGGAUGGAGGCAGGUCUCGAAUUUUUUAGGGUUGUUGGGUUGCUGCGGCAGAGAGUGA